UCCGCAUGCGGGUGUCGUGGCUCCCAGAGCUGCUGCUCCACUUUGGCUCCGGGAUCAAGGUCGUGCACCUAGUGCGGGACCCCAGGGCCUCCUUCAGGUCCUGCGUCACCUACGCCUCCUCGCAGAAGGACCACGCGAGUUACUGCCCGCUCAUCCUGGAGGACCUGCUUCUGGUCGACACAGUGAAGAAGCUCUUCCCGAGGUCGCUGACGUCGCUCAAGUACGAGGACCUGUGCCUCGACGCCGCAGGGGUUGCCACAGACCUCUGGCGGUUCAUCUCCGGGGACAGCGAGGCCGCCCUCCCUGGCUCCUGGUCGCGCUACAUCCAGGACCACACAACGCCCUCCAAGGCCAGCAGAGGACCUUACCAGACCCGGCGAGACUCGCAGAGGGAGGCAGAGCAGUGGCGGCAAGAAAUCGACGAGGACCUCCUUCUUGGCGUCGAGAAAUCGUGCGGUCAAGUGAUCGACCUUCUGGGCCACAAUAAGUUCCAUUCCUUGGCCAACGUCAGGAAUUGGUCCUUCCCUUUGAGACGAACACCGGGGGCUUUGUACACGCAGACCGAUGUCUUGUAAAGUGGUGCUGCUUUGGUUGUCGCUGCCAUUCUGUGCAUUAAUCCUCUUUCCGAGAGCCUAGGGAUUGCUUGUUCAUGUUCGACUUCCUUGUCACCAAAUUAUUGCUCUGUGGUCUUGCUUUUGCUUCCAGAAAUAACUUUUAUCUGGAAUACAAAAAUCAAGGAAACAAUAUAUA